AUGAAAUUCCGUAAGGUUGACGUACGUAGAAAUGUAUAUGCAUCAAAGUUAAUUAUUGCGAAUGAGAUCAAACAAACUGAAUUACUGAUAUGCCUAUUAGUACAACAAGAUGUUUUUGCUGACGAAGUUGAAUCUUUGCGCAAAGGUGCGCCAAUUACGAAAUGCAGUGCUAUAUUUAAGCUAAGCCCGAUGUUGGACAAUGAGGGCCUUAUACGACUAGGGGGUCGGAUAGACUAUGCCGAAUGCGUACCAAUGUCAACAAAGCGACCAAUAAUAUUGCCAAAGAGUCAUCCUAUAUCGCGUCUUGUAGCUAAGCACUAUCACGAACUUUUUCAUCACCACAACUUUGAGUCAGCGUUGUGCGCCAUACGUCGAAAGUUUUGGAUUCCUAGUGUGCGCCGAUUAUUGAGGUCAAUUAAAGCUAAAUGCCAGAAAUGUAAAAAUUUAUCCGCUAUUCCCGAAUCACCACUUAUGGGCCAAGUACCUAGCGAUCGAGUUACGCCGUUCGUUCGCCCGUUCACAUAUUCAGGCGUUGACUACUUUGGGCCUGUCUUAGUAGCCAUAGGCUGUCAUCAAGAAAAACGUUGGGUUGCACUUUUCACAUGUCUAACUAUUAGAGCCAUUCACCUGGAACUAGCUAGGGACCUAUCAACAGAUGCUGCCAUAAUUGUCUGCCGUAACUUUAUAAACAGAAGAGGUGUACCGGUACGGCUCCGAAGCGACAUGGGGACAAAUUUUGUCGGCACAAGCAAAGAAGAUUAG